GUCAAUGUGACAGUUUCAAAUUCCAUAAAAUAAUAUAACCUUAAAUUUAAAUAACUGCAAUUUAUACGUAAUAGAAAUGAAGAAAUUUCUACUUUAAAAUCUUUAUAAAGAUAUUAGUGAAUAUUCUAAAUUGAAGUCGUAAUCUUUUGGGAGUAACAAGGCUUCUCGCUCGUUCAAACCAAAAUGAGAUUAAACAUACCUUUUUGGGCUCCAAAUAGUAAAAAUGCAAGAAGAUAUCAAAGGGAACCUGUACGAUUUCAAAUGCUACUUCCAUUAACAUUGAGAAAGGCAGUUUCAGGAAAGGGCGAUAUAACAAAAGAAGCCGUUUGUAUGCAAGAAAUGGCAGUACUAUUCGCAUGUUUUAAAAAGUCGGAUUUCAACCAACGGGAAUGCCUGAAGGAGGUUGGCGCAUUUCAAAAUUGUUAUAAUGAAUAUAGUGCAAGAGCAAAGGUACAACGGGAAAUGGGAAAGAAAGGUAUUCUAGUCCCGGGAGAAAAGAAGUUAACUCAUAGACAAUUAAAUCAGCUCUUAAAAGGUUUCCCCCCUCUAAAUUAAUAAUAUAAUAUAAGUAGUAGUGCUAAUGUUGUGAAUAUAGAAACAUAAUUAAUA